ACAUUGUCAGCAGCUGGUGUAGCAAAUACCAAAAAUAGAAAUCAUAUAAAAACAAAAUUCAUAUAUAUAUAUAUUUUAUAUGAUAAUGGCAACCGCGGUCAAAGAAUGCCAGCACCUACAGCCGCGCGCAAUUUUCGGCAUCAAUGGCAAAGUGGAGAACGGUGUGCGUCAGCAUCCCAUUACCCAGGCGGCCAUAUUUCCACUGGGCAACAAGAUUGCCAUUGCCGACUUCAAAAAGAAUACACAAGAAUUCGUUGCCGGACACACAAACAGCAUAUCCUGCCUGGAUGUCAGCAAGAGCGGCAAGUAUAUCGCCUCCGGCCAGGUCAAUCAUAUGGGCUUUCGCGGCUACGUCAUCGUAUGGGAUUAUGAGUCGCGCAAGGAGAUUGGACGUCACGAUCUGCACAAAGUGAAAGUGCAGGCCAUUUGCUUUACGGCCGAGGAACGCUUUGUCAUUUCCAUUGGAGGCAAGGACGACGGUUCCGUCAUCGUAUUCGAUAUGCAGACAUUCACGCCCAUUUGCCGCCAGCCCGCCUCACGCGCCAUUUCUGGAAAUGCCCUUACUGUGCGUCCGCUACACAAUAAUCCGUUUUUUUUUCUCACCGCCGGCGAUCGGCACCUGCGCCUGUGGAGCAUUCUACGCGAGCAGAAGAAGCUGUACGUGCAGGAUGUCCAGUUGGCCAGCAAGUCGCGCCAGUUCUACUGUGCCCGCAUCGAUAAGAAGGAUGAGUUCGCCUAUCUGGGCACCGGCACAGGCGAUAUUGUUAAGAUCGUGCUCAACUGCUGUGACAGGGACAAUGUGACCCGACCAGGUUCAUCCAGCGGCAUACUGGGCGCCUUUGGCACACAUAAUCCACGCAAGCCCACGGGUCGCGAUUGCAAUCGCUACGUGAACGGCGUGCGUGCACUAUAUGUGCUGGAGGAGGGGCGUCUGCUAAUUGGUGCCGGCGAUGGUGGGGUGGAGCUGGUGGAGGAGCGCACGGAGAUACCAUUGAUCAAUUUCCGAGAGUAUCCGGGACCCACAUGGCCCUAUUUGCGCACGGUGAAGAGAACCCGCGUCUCUGGCCGCAUCUCUUCGUUUGUGCGCUCCACGCCAGAGAAAUUCUACAUCUGCACGGACACCAACGAGAUUUACAUGCUGAACAUAUCAACGUGGGUGCUAAAGCUGCUGCGCACAUGCCACGCCAAGGCAGUCUACUUUAUUACCUUUCCCAAAAACUAUGCAGCUGUUUUUGCCACCGCGGGCCAUGAGAGCAUACGCAUCUGGUCCCUGAAUCGCAAGCAGGAGCUGCUGCGCAUCAUGGUAUAUAACUUUAACUGCGCUGCGGUUCGCUUCGCCCAGGAUGGCACCAGCAUUGUGUCCGUGUGGAAUGAUGGCAUCAUACGCGCCUUUACGCCCAUCACUGGCCGUCUCAUCUAUGCCAUACCCAAUGCUCACAAUAAGGGUUGUAGUGCAUUGGCGGUGGCAUCAACUGGUCGCUUCAUCGUAACUGGCGGCAUCGAGGGACAGGUGCGCGUGUGGAAGAUCGAGCCGUAUCGUCAGGAUCUAGUCGGCGUGCUUAAGGAUCACUCGGGUCCCAUUACCUCGCUGGACAUAAAUUAUCUGGACACUGAAGUGAUAUCCGCCUGCACUGACGGCUCCUGCGUCAUUUGGGACAUCAAUCGCAUGACCCGCAAACAGGUGGUCACUUCCAACACGCAGUUCAUGUCCGUCCUCUACUUCCCGACUGGAGUACAGAUACUCACGUGCGGCUCGGAUGGCAGAAUCAUCUACUGGAUGGUGUACAACGGAGCACUGAUACGCGAGCUGACCGCCUCGAAGAAGUCAUCUGUGAACUGUUUGUCGAUGAAUGCCACCGGCGACUAUUUCGUUAGCGUUGGCAGCGAUCUGCAGGUGAAGCUAUGGGAUUACAAUAGCGGCGAUGUGGUGGGUGUGGGAUCGGAGCAUGCCUCGUCUGUGAUCAGCGCUGCGUACAGUCCCUGCGGCAAGAUGUUUGUCACAGGCAGCACGGAUGGCUCACUGAUCAUUUGGGAUGUGCCCGAGGAAUAUUGGGGUAGUCCCAAUCCAGUCGAUGGGCCUAGCUACCAGCUGCCCAAGGCCCAGCCAAAAGGCAAGGUAGUUCAGUCACGCGUCGACUCCGGCACACGUUUGAAGCCGGCGCCCGGCGAGAAUAUCAAUGGUCUGCUCAAGGCAACGCCCAAGGAUGACAUCUGCUGUGUCGAGUGUCCGCCCUGCGCCAAGAAGGAAGCCAAGGCAGCUGAUCCCUUCGCCGAGUGCAAGAUUGUGCCGGAUGUCCGGAAGUGUUAGGUGAUUUAAUAAUUAUCUAAAAUUUUGCUUAAUUCCGUUCAAAGCAUUAGCUUCAAAUAAAUACAAAGAGCAUGUACUAAAAAAAAAGGAAUUUUAAUCACAGACUAAUUUUGAAAUUAAUUUCCGGCAUCACUUGGGGCUUUGAUGAAAGAGAAUUCGACUUUUUUGGCUUCUUCCUUUGCUUGCUUUUUCAUUUCCUCCUCCUGUCGCUUGUUCUCCUUUGCAGCUUCGGCUUCCUGUCGCUUGCGCUCCUUUUCGGCUUCGGCGUUUAGACGCUUCUGUUCCUUUUCGGCUUCAGCCAUUUGCUUUUUCUCUUCCUUCUCGGCCAGUUCCUGCUGCUUCUUGGCCUCCUUUUCAGCCGCAGCCUGCCUCUUUUUGUCUUCAGCUUCACGCUUGCUAUCAUACUUUUUCCAUUCCUUCUGCACGGCAGCGAACUCCUUCAAGCGAUCCGCCCUUUCCUUAUCCGUUUCGGGGGUCUUGCCAUUGCCCUCAACAUCGAUCUCAUCCUCAUAACCAUCUGGCGGCAAGGGAUUCCAGAAACUAUUAUGGAAUGCUGUGGUAUUUCCGUCCCUGAAGAAAUACGGCUUUCCACGUAGAUACAAGUGCGACCAGUGCCUAUACUCUGGUCGUUCCUCUUCCUUGUGCGAGGUGAAUACAAGGACCGUCAGUAUGGCAAUCAGCGGCAGUCCACCCAUUAGCGAGAUCUUCUGCCACUUUUUUGAAUUCUUGUAAUCUGGCGCUAUGUGACCAUUAUUCGAUUUUAAAUAUCUCUUUUAUUUAAUAUUGCUCUCAGAGUUGAGUUGACCGACUUACGUGGCUUGGGGCAGGGUGUGCACGGACACUUUGGGCCGCCACCGGAUAUUUCCGCAGGACAAGUGGCUUCUGUUUUAUUUAAUCCUUCA